GAGACUGGGCCCUGCUGCUCAGAGCUGGCAUCCCAAGCCAGCUCUUAACCAAUGCGCCGGCCCAUGGUUUUCUUAAUACAAUUUAGUAAGUGGUGGCAGAGCUGAUAGUAGAAAGAUGGGGAAACUGGGUCAUAAAAUUGCCUAAAAUAUUGAUUAUACAUCUGGGAAAGAAAUUCAGAACUAUCAAAUGCCAGCCCUUUCUUUUCUAGUGAAUUACAUGUGGAGACAUGUAAAAUUUUGUGCAAAAACCAAUACAUGAAAAAUUCUGACAAUCAAAGAAGAUAAAACAAGAGAGGGGUUAUUUGUUUGCUUUACUAAAAGAUACAGUGUACGAUUCUUUAUAGUGGCAACUUUCCUCUACAUUUAAGGUGCUUUCAGUUUUUUGAAAUGCUCUGUAAUCUUUUAGAGACACACAAGUUCAACACACUUGAAUAGACAUGUUUUAAAAGUGUAUCUUAUCAAAAAAUAUGCCCAAGAGUCAACAAUGAUUCCAUCCUCUUGAAAAUGAAUAUUUUAUAAGAAUAGAAAAGGCAAAGAGAGGGAAAUACACAUAUGCUGUUGUUUUAAUCAACAUAAAACCUCACAUUUUGUAUGAUGCUUUGCUGAUAACAAAGCUCUUUCCUAUACAUGCUUUCCUGGAGGCUUCACUGCAAAUCUCUGAGUUACUAUCACCAUUUUAUAGUGGAAACAGAUAGGUUUGGCAGAGACUAGAAGACUUGCCCAAACUCCUCAGAGUCAGAGCAGCUGAUUUCCAGAUCUGAGCUCUCAUUGCCCUCCCGUGAUGCCCACAGAGCACCAACAUUGGCCAGAAGGGUAGUGUUUGUAGGUCUCUUGACCAAGAAUCUUAUGGUGAGCUAAAUUCUCACUCUCAUCAAAAGGAUAUGUGCAUUCCACUGUACUAGCAAGAGUGUUUAGAUUUACUUUGGGGAAAAAAAAAUCCCAGUACAUCUUUCUUAUUCUUAAAGUAACCCUACCAUGUCCUCUUGAAGCUGAGAAUUGAUUCUGUGGGAGAAUGGAGCACGUGAUCACAAGGAUAAGGCAUUAUCUCUCCUUUUGCCAUCUUUCCCAUAGUGCUUCCUACCUGUAACAUUCUUUGGACUCUGCAUCCUUGUACAAUAAGCAAGCUUCAGUUGUUUUUAAUGCUAUAUGGUUUACUUAAAUGAAAUAAUCAUUCCCAUGUUUUACAGUUCUUGCUCCUACCUUGGUUUUUCAUUUCCCUAACCUUUUACUUUAGGAGUACCAUUAUGCAUCUACAUUCUCUGGGUUGCAAAGACCCAGCACAUUUUCAGUCCAUCACUUAUCGUUCCUCCUUGGGCCACUCCUGGAUUCAUCACAUUUGUAAGACUUGGUUUCUCUCCUCUUUCUCAUCCGAGAGGAGGUGGACCAAGACAAUUCUUUGGAGGCUCAGCAAGUGAUUUCUCUUGGAGAAGCGCAUCCUUCUAGUCUGCCAAGGAAUGAAAAUUCAGACAAUCACAUAGAUCAUUUUGAAUGGUGCCAAAUAAAUUCCACCAGAUGCCACUGGUUAUAAUUACAGCCUGUCACUGGGAAACGUGAAUUUAUUCUAGCAUCAAAGUUCGGUCUUUGAUCCAGGAAAAUGGCACAGAGAGGACGCAGGCAGCUUUCUCCGUCGAAAUAACAUAGAUUUCUCAGAAUCCAGGAAAUGAAGUGCUUCUUUACCUCGAAAUGUCUGGAACAGGAUGCAAGGGAUUAAAUAGGAACCACCUAAUAUAUGGACUGCCUUUUGCUGAGAGAACACUUGUCAACUACUCCAAAAAUUAGGUAAAGUGCUGAGUGAAGACCACCAUUUUGUUACAAGCAGGCCUGUGGGCUCCAGCUGGGGAAACACAUAACCUGUUGUAGCUUACAAGAAAGGAAAGCUCUGGUAAGAAGGUGAAGUCCUGAAAGGCAAUAUGUGAGAGUCUGCCCUCCAGGAGGUGAUAGCAUCCCAAAGUCUCCUAAGAUAUUAGGUUCAACCACAAGACCAGACUGUCUUUUAUACAAACAAAGCUAGGUAGUCACAUCAAAGGGCCGAGCAAGACCAAAUUUAGUAAUCAUUUAAAAAGAGUAACAAGAAGCAGCCUAGGAACGCUGCAAGAAUGGCGAGAAAAGGCAGAGACGCAUAGGACGGAUGAGACGGGAGGAGGGAGUCGGUGAGGGAGGGGGGAGAGGAGAAAUCUCAGCGCGGACGUCAGGAACAAAAGCUCCGGUGGGGUCUGGCGGAGGCACUAAGGGAGCAUGGGCUGUUUUAAAUAAUUAUUAACAGUAGCGUGUGUCUGCGCCAUCCUGUGGGUGUGGCGCAGAGCGGAGUGUAAACUCGAGCGGGGCUGGAGCAAACAUCAGAUUUGCAGCAGCAGCCUGCCAUCCUGCCCGAGGAGCGCGGGGACCAGCGCGCGGCACGCCGACCGGCACCAUGGCCUCGUCUCAAGGGAAGAGCGAGCUGAAAAUCGCCGACUGGAUGGCAACGCUACCGGAGAGCAUCCACGGCAUCCCCCUCACCAAUUUAGCCAUCCCAGGAUCUCAUGAUUCCUUCAGCUUCUACAUUGACGAAGCCUCUCCUGUUGGGCCUGAACAGCCAGAAACUGUCCAGAAUUUUGUCUCUGUGUUUGGAACUGUGGCCAAAAAGCUGAUGCGGAAAUGGCUGGCCACUCAAACGAUGAACUUUACUGGUCAGCUGGGAGCUGGGAUCCGGUAUUUUGAUCUUCGAAUUUCCACCAAGCCCAGAGACCCCGACAACGAACUCUACUUUGCUCAUGGUUUGUUCAGUGCCAAAGUCAAUGAAGGCCUUGAGGAGAUCAAUGCGUUCCUCACAGAUCACCAUAAGGAGGUAGUAUUCUUGGACUUCAACCAUUUUUAUGGGAUGCAGAAAUACCACCAUGAAAAACUGGUUCAAAUGCUGAAAGACAUCUAUGGAAACAAAAUGUGCCCAGCGAUUUUUGCCCAGGAAGUUAGUCUAAAGUACCUGUGGGAGAAGGACUAUCAAGUGCUGGUCUUCUACCACAGUCCAGUGGCUCUAGAAAUGCCCUUCCUCUGGCCUGGGCAGAUGAUGCCAGCACCCUGGGCCAACACCACAGACCCGGAAAAACUGAUUCAGUUUCUUCAGGCGUCCAUCACUGAGAGAAGAAAGAAGGGCUCGUUCUUUAUAUCUCAGGUGGUGCUGACCCCCAAAGCUAGCACUGUUGUCAAAGGUGUGGCCAGUGGCCUCAGAGAAACAAUCACAGAAAGAGCUCUUCCCGCCAUGAUGCAGUGGGUCCGCACUCAGAAGCCAGGAGAGAGUGGCAUCAAUAUUGUCACUGCCGAUUUUGUGGAACUCGGUGAUUUCAUCAGCACUGUCAUAAAGCUCAACUAUGUCUUCGAUGAAGGAGAAGCCAACACUUGAUAGUACCAUGUUGAGCAUCCAUGAAUAAGAUAGGGAAGACUCAUUGUACUAGGCAUAUUAUCUAUAAACACUCUGAUCUUCCUAUUCCACAGAGUCUCUGAGGGGAUUAGGGCUGGUAGUGGGUGGGAAAAGGGGGAAUGCAUUUCUUGCGUGAUUACUAUCGUAGUCUUCAUUAGUAUAAAUAUUUCAUUUCUCUUUGAUGAGUAAAAUCUACUUCUAGUGUUAGAGAUUUAAAGAAAAAGACCAGUGAAUUUUGUUUUUCAAAAUUAGUCUUUGUAACGUAUAAUUCAUGGGUGUUUAUUUGAUCGUGUUUCUGAUUUCAACCUAGGGCUCCUACACUUUCUAUAUCCUCUAACUGAACCUUUCUGCUCCCCCUCUCGCUUGCUCUUUUUCAUCAGAUACUGUAUGGGACUCAAAACAAUUGAAUGCCCAACAGAGUGUGUAUUACAUUGUUGUACUGAAAUUUAUUUGUUGUGUGAGAUUUGGUAUAAUAGUCUGCAGUCAUCUGCCACUGGGCAAUCAUCGCUAUAUUUUUUGUCAUAGAAAAUAUGCAUCAAAUCAGUUUCCCUGUGUCAGUAAUAUUGGAGGACAUAAUAGUGAUUUUUGUGUUAUAUAGAAAUAAUAGUGUUUCACAGUAUUUCUGUUUAAGGCAGCUAUAAAUAUAGAGUAAGCACUUCUUUGGAAGAACUAUUAGUGCCAACUCCAUAGUGAAAAAUGGGGGAGGGGGAAGAGAUGGUUGCUAUUUUAAUUCAGGAAUCUCUUAAAUAAUAUUGCCCUGCAAAUGCCCAGUAAGUGAAAAAUUAUAAGUGACAAGUGUGUUAAAAUCAGAGAACUCUGAAAAGAGCACUUACAAAAGCUCUCCUAAGAAUUCUCUUGAUUUAAAACCAAAAGCAAGAAAAGAAAUAAAAGAUUGUGCAAGCUUUCCUAUAAAUUAGGAUUUCCAAAUAUAUAAUUCUGAAUCCCAGAUUUUGAGGAACAUACGUGUAUUUCAAGAAGCUUUAAUUCAGGUGUUUUACUUGAAGUUGAAGAAAGAGGAAAGGUGGCAAAAGGAGCCAGAGCAAUAUUUUUGAAACUAUGUCCAGGAAAUAUCAAUGAUCCAUGAACCUUCUUUAGAAGAUUCUUAAAUACAUGUAAUCUGGGCAGACUUGCAGAAAAUGGGCACUGAGUCAUCCCUUCUGGUUUCCUUCCUACCGUGGGGUCAAGAAUGAGGCAGAGGCAAAAGUUUCUGUGGUCCAGCCUUUGACAGACCAGGUCUACAGGGAAGACAAAUGAUAAUGAACCGCUGUUGCUCAGAGCUCAAACUCUUGAGCGAGCUCUUAACCAACUGAGCCACUCGGCCGGCCCCAGAUAAUGCAACUUUGAGUAUUGCUUCCUCCUUGUUGUCUUUGUGAUAUCUGACAAUUCAGAAAUAAUCUUAAAGAGCACAAUAACCCUUACUUACUUGCUGCAAGGAAUAUCGUGAGAACAUAUAUAAAAAUUUAUAAAAUUUGCUCAAAUUCUUAUGAUUGUGCAUUAUUUUAUCCUCAUGUUUAGAAAUAACCAUACUUCAAUAGUUUCCUGGGAAACAGUCCACUUAAAGUGGGACAGUAAAGAAACAAAAGCAUGCCCUCAGCUUUUAGUUCAUCUAAAUGUAAGACAUGUGGUUAAAUCUCUUAGACCUAGGAAAGGGAGUUUAUUCCAAGAUUACGUAAGUCAAGAUUACAAAUAAUCAACAGUUAAUUAUAAGAUUAUAAAUACUAAUUAUCAGAAAAAUAGUAUUUAGUAACAACUGCAAGGGAAGAGAAAUUGUUUAUACUGAAGAGUUUGUAGGUAUGUGUGGUAAACCAAGUAGCAUGUAUAUACAUGCAACAGAUAUUUUCUACCUUCCAAUUGUGUGUAUAUGGCUCACCAGACCCAAAAUACCAAUACAUACCCACUCUGUGCAGGCCGACAGAUACAAAUACACACACAGACAUGGAUGGACACAUUCUUCUUUUCAAGUGAAAACAUUGAUAUUAUUAAAUAGUUUGAUUUUAAGACUUAAACCCUGUACAGUGUAUGAAAAAGAGUGAUCAGACAUUUGAAAAUAGAGUAGCUGAUCGUAUUAAAAUAUUUUUGUAAAAAUCAUCUAGCUUAGGACUAAAUUAUUUACAAAUAUAGUUUUCUUUCUGCUUUGUGGUUUUAUUGUCUUUCUAUCUCUUUCACUUGCUCUUUAUGUGCAAUUGAAUAUGAAUCCUUUUUAAAGGGUUAUGGAUUAUUAAAAUUGAUGUCCUGUAAAUUUGCUUUUUGGGCAGAUUUUCUCUCUGACUCUUCAUUAUUCAUUCCUCAGGAGGAUCUUUAGCCAAGCACACUUGAAGUGACACAAAAUUUAACUUAUAAAUAUAAUAGAAAACAGAUCUUUCAACAUAUUAAUGAAUAAUAAACUAUAGAGAUAACUAUGUUGUAUUUUCUUGAACCUAGAUGCUUUCUUAUGAAGUUUGCUUGAAUUAGCUUUGCCGCAUUUAUCAUUUGGGUGCUGGAAAAAACAAACAAACAUGCUGACGGAUUAGACUAAUUGUGCAAUUUCUUAACCGGAGAAAGCUUUCUAUUGUUAUUAAUGAUAUGCACACAGAAACCUUGUUUGACAUCAGGUACUUUAGAGCCAAUGUUAUUGUUCUCACGUGGACCUACUGUACCUAUGUAGCAGGCCCUAAGAGUAAAUGGACUUGCCUUAAUUUCUAAAGGGAAGAGUAGGUAGAAGUGAACUGUGGGUCUUCCAACUGGAGAGAGAGUUCACUAGGAGGGAUUCCUUUAAAAGGGGAAUAGAGAGAAGGUGCCUUUGACUGUCUUCUGUUCAUUGGACCUGCCCUGGAGUACACUAAGGAGCAGGCUGUGAGCCUUAAAUAAAAAGAUGGGGGUGAGGACUAGUGAUACGCAAUCAGGACUUAGCCUCAGCCUAUGCUUCUUUGUCUUAGCUGGUCAUUGUCUCCCCCGAGAGCUAGGAGCACAAGGGCUAUACACAGGCCCCAAGGUGGUAGGAGAUACAUCUUGGUGCACUUUCUGUUUUGCUUGUUUCUUCAGACUUUAUGUCACAAAUUCUGCAAGGCAAAAAAACAGAAACAAAAUCCAACUUUUACCUAAUCUACAGCAGGAAGUCGAAGGAAUGGGUGGGAUGAGGGAAAAUGCGCAGAGUUUAAUUUUUUUGGUUUGCUUGCCUGUCUGUAAUUUUGAAGGACCAAAAAGGAAUGCUCCUGCCAUUAUCAUUUAUGUCUCCCUUAUUAGAUACAAUCAUACGAAUGCGGAGAACGAGGAGGCAUCUUUUAAAAGCCUUAGGAUAUUCUGUAUGAUGACCUCAAUAUUCACUUUCAGCCAUAUUAGGAAAUGUCACUUUUCAUGGAGCGCCACCUAACAGUGAAUGUAUUAUAUUAGUACAUAAAGUGUCUGGCAUGUAUGCGCCUAUGUGCCUACACACAUGCAAACACACACACAUACACACACAGACGCACACCAUGCACAUCUGCCACACACACAUUAUCAAGUUGAAACUUCACUCUAAUCACUCAGCCUAAUUCUAUUGCCAUUUUAAUUCUUAAUAUCAGUAUCUCCUAUGUUAGUAGGCAUAAACAUAAUUCAAAUAUUUAAACAUUUAAGAAGGGAAAAAUCACUAGAAAAACCAUCAUAAAUAAGAAAUGUCUAGCAGUGAUAGUCUAACUACAUUAUCAAUUACACUUCAAGCUGGAGAAUUGAAGAUGGACUCAAAUAUAAAUUGCAAACAAACAAACCCUCAUCUUCACUUAAACUUAUUUUAAGUUCUUUGAGGUUCUGAUGUGUUUUAGCCAGGGUUACUUGUUCAGGUUCUCCCCUGUUGGGAUUCUAGACUGGGAAGUUGGAAGUCUCAGGAAACGCAUGUUGUCAUGAGUUUUUCAGUUCUGUGGUUUUACAGAUCCAAUGACACAAUCUUCUAACUUUUAGUCACUCGUCCAAAUGAGAGCUCCCUAGGUAGAGUGCUCACAUUUUGAACUGCUGAUAGAAAACAAUGCACAGUGUCUCUCAGGAUAUGCUAAACAAGGUUUGUGAAAGUAUUUUAUUUUACAGCACUUUAGUCUUUUCAACUAGAUUUCAAUGACACAAUGGUGUAAAUGCUAUAUUUGCCAUAACUUAUUGGUGGCACCUGUGUUACAUGCAGUUUUAAAUAACGCUCUAACUUGUUGUUUUCCCAAUGACAAUGAUAAAAUGUUCUGUAGAAUUUGUAAAAUGUGUUGAUUAUGUUGAAAAUUGUGUAAUUUUCAUUUCAUUUGUGAGACUAUUUUGUAGGUAUUAGUUCUAAAUGUGUAUUUGUAUUAGUCAAAAGUAUGUACUUGUAUGUGGUAUAUGUAUCUUAUUAAAAGUAUAUUGUAUCUUAUUUAAAAAAAUCAAACUUAUCCUAAAGAAAAAGGGCACAUUAUGACCAGCCUUAAUGCAUUGUCAUUUUUUUACUGUUGCAAUUUAGGAUUAAAAUUUGAAGAGACAUUAUGUCGUAGUUAAAAAUGACAUUUAAAAAAAUCAUAUGAGGAAUGUGCUUUAGAAGUUAUUUGAGUUCCCACAAAGCACAAACAACAGUUCAGCUUGUGGGGCUCCCCAUGCUUCUCCAAAAUUUCAAAGGUCAAUUUGUUAAAUUCAUUAUCAUACAGGGAGACUAAAUUCACAUUUGUUUCCAUCAGCAACAACCAGUUCACCUCUAAAGUUGUUCUUCCAAAUAUUAUCUCAUUUUGCCUAUAAGGAUAAGUUUUCCAUGAAAGGCCCUUUCUCCAAACCAUUACUGUUUGAAAAUGGUAUCUUCUCAGCUAAGACGAACUACCUUGGCUCUGUAAGAGUCGCUAAAGACCCAUCAACAUUAGGGGGUUCCUGCGUGGUUCCCUUCCCAAAAAACAAGCAUGUGACACUCUUACACUUUUGGAACCUGCCUAUGUGUAGUCUAGCAAUAGAAAACUCAUGACUAAUUCGAGGAUCUGCACAGGUUGUCAUGCUUGAAGAAAAACUCUGUAAUCUUCCUUGGGCCUGGGAUCUGGGGAUGGACUAUUAAUCAAUCUUCCUAUUUCCUCUCUUCCUUCAGCCUAAUUACUUCUUUUCCAUAUUUAGCAUUGCCAGAUAAAAUACAGAACACCAGUGAAAUUCAAGUUUCAGAGAAACAAUGGAUACUUUUUUCAGUAUAAGAAUUUCCCAAAUAUUUCAUGAGACAUGCUAAAAUAAUUAUUCAUUGUUUAUCUGAAAUUGAAUUUAACUGGGUGUCCUGUAAUUUUUUUUUCUAAUCUGGCAACCCUCUCCAUCUUGCCCCUCUUUUUCAGCUGGGAUACCUACGAGGGGUGAAAUCCUACCUCCUCCCAUGCCCCCUUUUAAGAUACUUCAUGUAAAUCAAUAGUCCAAAUACUGUUCGUGAAGGAAAAUGUUGAGCCAUGCCAAGUCCCACAGAUGCUUUAAGAAGGACCAAUUCAAAUAUAGAUGGAAUAAUCAAGCACAUACCUUUGUAGGAUUAAGGCCACAUUCAAAAUUUCACUCCACUGGCCUAUUGUGAGGUGCAGUGUCUCCUCCAUUACUCCCUUAAAAGGCAUUCCCCGGAAAUUGGGAUAACCAAAAACACCCACACUUGAAAAAUGUCCCCUGGAAAGUAGUAGUACCUUCUAACUCAGUACCAAGACCUCUUUCAAAAUUCAAUUUCUUUCAGAGAGGUAACAAAAUAAUCCAUUACUCCCCCUUAUUAUUAUCUUACCACAAAUUAUCUUUAUCAUAUUAGAGCUGGUCCCCAAUGGAAUUGUAGAAAAAAUUGACAUUGAAAAGAACUUUCUUGACUGCUGGAAGAAAACAGAGGAGUCUGAGAUAUAGACACAGCCCUGUCGGUGAGUCCUCAAGAGACUGGGUGGGAGUUGGGCAGCAGGUAGGGGAUACAACAUGGACCCUGACAAUGGUAGCUCCUGACAGAGAGACUUGCCAAAGCAAAUUAUAAUAGCCAGCACCUUUUCUGAGGAGCUGACAAUGCAAGACACCCCAGAGUAAGAACAGGGAGAGUGAAGGCCAGUUUCCAGAACAGUUUGCAGAAAAUAAAAAACCAUGGUGGAAUUUCUAAAUUAGAGUUUUCAAAUAUUGUUGCAUCCAACAGUGAAUCCUUGACAUAAUCUCAAUGUGGGUGGAGUUUUGGAACAUUUUUGGUGCCUACCUCCUCUCUUAAAAUUCCUGUAGGUGAUAAGAAAAUCCAAAUCCCUUACUAUUAUGUUUCCAUCCCAUGGCCCCCACUUGAACACAUUUGUGUUGAUUUGCUUCAUUUCUAAAGGAUGGGGAUUUGUGGAGCUGGUGACAUUUCUUUCAUUAGACACCAGAAAUUCACCAGAGGGAGACAGAUCUGUGCCUUCUCUUUUUAGGAUCUGGUCAUUGAUACUUUAAUAAAUGUGGUGUAAAGAACGUACCUACAGUUCUGUUAAACAAAUGUGACUUUUUUUGAUAAGACUGUGUUCUUAAUGUAAAAAAAAAAGUUUCUUUGUAUCCAGUGAAAUGCCUAAUAAAGUCCUGGUACCAGUUA